AUGACGCCAAAUGUGGAUAGGAGUGCCGUUCCGGGCACUGUCACUUUGCUGGAUUUGGACCAUGUUAUGUCCGCCCAGCAUGCCAAUGGGAAUAGCGACAUUGUUUUGAUCCCGACGCCUUCGAGUGAUCCGGAUGAUCCGCUGAACUGGUCGCCACGGCGGAAGCUAUUGUCCACUAUUUGUGUUAACACAUACACUCUAUUUGUCGGAAUCUCAACUUCCGUCGUAUACUCCGUCCUAGUUCCUCUUUCAGAGAACACCGGAGUGUCAGUCAGCACCAUUAACGAGGGAACGGGAUAUCUGUUUCUGCUAGCAGGAUGGGGCCUCUUGUUCUGGCAGCCGUUCGCCAUGCAAUAUGGCAAGAGGUUAACCUAUCUGCUUUCCUUGGUGGGAACUUUGGGGAUGUUGAUGUGGGGUCCGUAUAUACAUUCAAACGGCCAAUGGGCAGCAAGGAGUGUUCUGGCAGGUUUCUUCGUCGCCCUUAUCGAGGCACUUCCUGAAGUCUCCGUCACGGAUGUGUACUUCACCCACGAACGCGGAACAUACAUGGGACUCUACGCCUGUUUCCUAGCCGGAAGCAAUUACUUUGCGCCAGUUAUAUGCGGCUUCAUUUCCGAGUACCAUGGUUGGACAUGGGUCUUCUACUGGCCUAGUAUCUUCUGUGCCGGUGCAAUUGUCUUUCUGUUCUUUUUCAUGGAAGAAACGAAUUACACGCGCAAUUUCUCGAAUGAUGCUGCAAGUAGCGAUGCUGAGCCUUCGGCUGCGGAUCUCGAACAAGUGGAUAAAGAGAUGGCACCGGAUAGUUCUGAUGUGCCGAUUCCUGGAACGAUGUACUCGAAGAAGACAUAUGUGCAGAAACUUUCUCUGCUAGGGCCCCGGCAGAGCAGGAAUAACAUGCUUAGGAGGUCAUAUCAGACGCUAUAUUAUCUCUCGUGGCCAGUGGUAUUUUAUGCUGGCUUUUCUUACGGUUCAUAUUUGAUCUGGUUCAAUGUUAUGAACGGUACUGCGUCUAUUAUUCUCGGAUCCGCACCAUAUAACUUCAGUACGGCCAUGAUAGGCCUUGGCUACGUAUCCUGCUGUCUCGGUGCUAUUGCAGGCUCCCUCUUUACCGGCCGCUUCAGCGACUGGCUCACCAUAAAACUCGCCCGCCGCAACAACGGCAUCAUGGAAGCCGAACAACGUCUCUGGCCCUUCGCAGCAUGCCUCUUCAUCCUCCCCGGUGCCCUGAUCCUCUGGGGCGUCGGAGCCGCCCACGACGUACACUGGUUCGGUCUUAUUGUGGCUAUGUUUCUGCUUGCGUUUGUGAAUACGAGUGGGAUUACUAUUAGUGUUAAUUAUUUGGUUGAUAGUUAUAAGGAGUUGAGUGGGGAUGCGAUGGCGAGUGUGAUGUUGGUGAGGAAUACGAUGUCGUUUGCAAUUGGUUAUGGGAUCACGCCGUGGGUUGAUAAUUUGGGAUACCAGAAUUGCUUCAUUUCAGCUGCGUUUAUCGGUAUGGCAUGCUCUGCUGUAUUCCUUAUUAUGAUGAAAUGGGGCAAGACAUUCAGAGAGCACAGUCGUGAACGAUACUGGAAUAUCGUCGUCGAGAACUGGGAGAAAGGAAUGGGCCACUGA